ACUGCAAGGCAUCUCCUCUCUGCACCAGGCUCUCAGAUCUCCUAAACUUCACACUAACGCGACCUGAGACUGCAAAACACACACACACACACACACACGCGCGCGCACACACAUACACACACACACACACACACACACACACACACGCAUGUACACACACGCACAUACAUACACGCACGCGCGCACACACACACGCACAGCGCAACCCUGGACCUGGAGCAGCAUCGUCCACUUUAUUUGCAUCUUUAUUUAUUAAUGUUCUCUUAGCUUUGGUUUUCUUUACUUUUUUGUUUCUUCUUUGAUUUCUUUUCUUUUAUUUAUUUACUGUGCACUUUUUUUCCUGGAGGAAGCAGGACGCUUUUGCGGACAAACUAAAAAAUCAUCAUGAUGUCCAUGAACAGCAAACAGCCUCAUUUCGCCAUGCACCCGAGUUUACCCGAGCACAAAUACACCACUUUACACUCGAGCUCGGAAGCGAUCCGGAGAGCGUGCCUGCAAACUCCACAGCUCCAGAGCAACAUCUUCGCGAGCCUGGACGAGACCCUGCUGGCGCGCGCGGAGGCCCUGGCGGCGGUGGACAUGGCGGUGUCGCAGGGAAAAGCGCACCCGUUCAAACCCGACGCCACGUACCACACGAUGAACAGCGUGCCCUGUUCGUCCACGUCCACGGUGCCCAUCGCGCCGCCGCACCUCCCGCACCAUCCGCACCACCACCAUCACCACCACCACCAGAACCUGGAGCCACCAGACCUGAUGGAGCACAUCAGCUCGCCUUCACUGACCCUGAUGAGCAGCGCGCACGAGGCAGGUGGGGGAGCUGGAGGAGGUGGUGGAGGAGGAGGUGGUGGAGGUGGUGGUGGUGGUGGAGGAGGAGGUGGAGGUGGUGGAGGAGGAUUGAUCUCCACCGCAGCGCAUCCGCACUCACACAUGCACGGCCUGAGCCACCUUUCGCACCAGGCCGCUAUGAACAUCAGCUCUCCUCUCGGACAUCACCACCACCAUCACCACCACCCGCACCACCCUCACCCAGGGCUGUUACCCAGCCACCCAGGCAGCGCUCAGGGCGCCUCGGGUUUGGUUCCCAACGGACUCUCGUCUCUGCCCGACUCGGAUACAGACCCGCGGGAGCUCGAGGCGUUCGCCGAGCGCUUCAAGCAGCGACGCAUCAAACUCGGGGUUACCCAGGCGGACGUGGGUGGCGCCCUCGCCAAUCUGAAAAUCCCCGGUGUGGGCUCUCUGAGUCAGAGCACCAUAUGUAGGUUCGAGUCCCUGACAUUGUCGCACAACAACAUGAUCGCGCUCAAGCCCAUUCUCCAGGCCUGGCUGGAGGAGGCCGAGGGCGCACAGCGCGAGAAAACGAACAAACCCGAGCUGUUCAACGGCGCCGAGAAGAAGCGCAAGCGCACCUCCAUCGCCGCGCCUGAGAAGCGCUCUCUCGAGGCGUACUUCGCCGUGCAGCCGCGGCCCUCCAGCGAGAAAAUCGCGGCCAUCGCCGAAAAAUUGGACCUCAAAAAGAACGUGGUGCGCGUCUGGUUCUGUAACCAGAGACAAAAACAGAAACGGCUGAAAUUUUCUGCGGCGCACUGAUGAUGAUGAUGAUGAUCUCGGUGAUGGUGAUGAUGAUGAUCAUAAAGAGGAUGAGGAGGAGGACAUUGUUUUUUUGGACCAAGGGAUCUACUAUCAUGUGUGUAGGUCUGCUCAGACCCGGUGGGUUUUUUUCAUGAUCAAUCAGAUUUAUUACUUUAUUAUUGUGGAUCAGACUUCACGUGACCCGUCUCGCGCCCUGAAUUAAGAUGAUGAUAUUUAUCAUGUAUUUAUUUAUUUAUUUAUUUAUUUUUUUCCCUAUUAAUGCUGGUGAAAUAUGCAAACUCCAGCAAACCAGACUUGUGGAGAACAUUUAUUCCCCCCCCCCAGAAAAAAAAAAAAAAGAAAAAAAAAUUACAAACACAAAUUCGGGUUUUUUUCUUUUUUUUUUCUUUUUCUUUUUCUUUUCUUUUUUUUUUUUAAAUAAGAAAAACACACGUUUAUUAUUCUGAAAUGAUGAAAUAGCCAUUGAAGGAUUACCUCAUACUGUAUACUUAUUGUCCAGUUUCAGUUGAUUUCAUUCGAUAAUUCAUUCUUUACGGAUUAUUACUGAUUUCCUGUUUUAUGGAUUUAUAAUCGGAAUCUUUAAAAAAUAAUUUCUGAUGGAAAAGAUGGAGUCAAAAUGUAAAAAAAGAAAGAAAGAAAAGAGGGUAUACAAAAUCCAUGGGUUAAUGGUUUAGUCUGUAAUCGAGGUGACCACUUGGAGUUUUUUCCCUUUAAUUGCACUGAAAUAUAGUAAAUAAUUUAUUAUUUUUAUUAUUAUUAUUAUUAUUAUUAUUAUUAUUAUUAUUAUUAUUAUUAUUAUUAUUUCACUCUAUUGAAAUGC